UUGAUCUACCAGAACAGGUGAGGGUCCCAGACCAGGACUGUGAAAAGGAGAAUCCCGGGUGUACAGAGGAUGUCUGGGAUGAAGGUUGAAGCUGAGGAGCCUGGAGGACUCAGUUUGGUCCUACCCAUACUUGCAGCAUCCUCAUCAGAAAUGGAGCAGAAACAAGACAACAAAGAUCUCAUGUUGCCAGUCCACCAAAUGUUGAUAAUAAAAGAUCCUCAUGGAUGGAGAUGCAGUUUAGACCAGGGUGAUCCAGAGCUCCCCCGCAUAAAGAAGGAAGAGGAGGAGCUGUGGAUCAGUAAGGAGGAAGACCAGUUUAUGGUUCAGAGUGAAGAAGAAAAACCUCUGAUAUCAGAGCUUCGUCAAAUCAAAGCCGAAGACGAUAGUGGCGUACUUCCAACCAGCCACACAGCUGAACAGAAUGGAACAGAACCUGAUGGAGAGGACGGUGGAAAACCACAUCUAGUCAUGAACGAAGAUCCAUUAUAUUCUUUUCAAAAAAGUAAGGUGACAGUUCACAAAAAAGAUAAACGUUCAAAACUUUCUUCCACACUUGAUACUCAGAAUGAAACAAACACAAUAGAGAAGCCAUUUAGUUGCAAUGUUUGUGGGAAAAUGUUCAAACGUCAGCAUUCUGUUAAAUUGCAUAUGAUAACUCACGCAGCCAAGAAAGAACAUAUUUGUGAUCUUUGUGGUAAAGGAUUUAAAGUACAGAGUCGUCUUCAGAUGCAUAUGAGACUACAUACUGGAAACAGACCAUUUGCUUGUGAUGUUUGUUGUAAAAAGUUUUAUACAAAGCAUAAUCUUAAAAGUCACAUGAGGGUUCAUUCAGUAGAGAAACCCUUUAGUUGUGACAUUUGUGGCAGAGCAUUUAAGGAGAUACAAACUCUCAGAAACCACUUGUUGCUGCAUACUACAGAGAGACCAUUUGUUUGUAGUGUUUGUCAAAAAGGGUUUUUACAACAAUCAGCUCUAAAAAGUCACAUGUAUAGUCACACAGGAGAGAAACCCUUUUUUUGUUGUGUCUGCAGUAAAGGGUUUUCACGGCAUGGUAGCCUAAAGAAACACAUGCAUGUUCACACUGGAGAGAAACCUUUUAAUUGUAAUAUUUGUUGCAAAGAAUUUUCACAAGCAAAUCAUCUGAAAAGUCACAUGUUUGUUCACUCUGAGGAGAAGCCAUUUACCUGUGGUGUCUGUGGUAAAGGAUUUUCACUGCAGAGUAACCUUAAAGUUCAUUUGUUUGUUCAUACUGGAGAGAAGUUGUUUACUUGUAGUGUUUGUGGUAAAGGAUUUUCAAAACAGAGUAGCCUUAAAAUUCAUUCGGUUGUUCACUCUGGAGAGAAACCAUUUACUUGUAGUGUUUGUGGUAAAGGAUUUUCAAAACAAAGUCAUGUCAAGCGUCACAUGAACGUCCAUACAGGAGUGAAACAAUUUAUUUGUAGUGUUUGUAGUAAACAGUUUGCUACAAAUGGUGAUCUAAAGAGACAUACACAUGUUCACACAGGAGAGAAACCUUAUACCUGUAGUGUUUGCAAUAAAAGAUUUUCCCAAAACAUUAGUCGAAAGAAUCACAUGCGUGUUCACACAAGGCCAUUUACUUGUGGUGUGUGUGGGAAAGAAUUUUCACAGCAGAGUAACCUUAAAAUUCAUUUGGUUAUUCACACUAAAGAGAGGCCAUUUACUUGUAGUGUUUGUGAUAAAAGAUUUUCAAAACAAAGUCAUGUCAAGCGACACAUGCUUGUCCAUACUGGAGAGAAACCAUUUAUUUGUAGUGUUUGUAGUAAACGGUUUGCAACAAACGGUGAUCUAAAGAGACAUACACAUGUUCAUACAGGAGAGAAACCUUAUAUCUGUGGUGUUUGUAAUAAAAGAUUUUCCCAAAACAUUAGUCGACAGAAACACAUGCGUGUUCACACUGAAGAGAAAUAAUGCUCUGGAUGUUUAUACUUCACAUGGACAUUUAUGCAGUUAUCUUUGAAAACAUGGGGGUUAGCACUUAACAUAAUUACUUGUAAUGUGGUAAACAAGAGAAGAAACGUUUGAUAUUGCACACCCAUAAUGGCAGGGCACUGUGGUGGCCUGAACUUUUUUUGUUCUUGAAAGGGAGGUGUAAUGGAAAACUUUUUUGUCCCAUAGGGAUGAUCUUUUUAAUGAAACUUAGAAAAAAAAUACACUUUGCUUUACUAAAUACAACCUGAUGGCUUUACAUACUGUAGGUUGAUGUUUUACACUUGAUUCAUGGUGCGCAUGAUAGAAACAGAAGUCAAAGUCCUUGUUGGUACCCACCAACUUGGCCAAUAAACUCACCCCUGAAAGUAUGCCAUUAUAUGUAUGCUGUUUUCAGUCACAGAAUAAACAGCAACAAAACAUUUA